CUUCCAGAACUGUAAGGCAUAACAUCGGGGUAGUGCCGGUGCCGUGCAAUUCUAGAAGCAGACGCUGUGCACCAAAUGAAUGACUGCCUAACAUAGCGCCACCUACCGCCCAAAAUUAAUGAACUUCCAAGAUGGCAGCUUCCAUAGACAACGCAUUUCGUCUUAAAGUGUCCCGAUUAUCGCUGAAGUCCACCAUUUUCUGCCAGGUUCUUUCCCUUUUAUUCUUAUGUUCAUCAGUGGUGGUGCUGUUGACUGUGGACUGGCGAUUAAAUGUGAUAGAUAAUGCCGUGUAUUCGAUAAGAACUUUCUCAAUUGUUUAUGGAAUUGUUCAGUCGUUUUUGUACGGUGUUGUUUUACGGGAAAAAGAUGCGGACCCAGUCACGUACAGGUCUAGCAACAAGGCUACAGUAUUCAGCAAGAUACCUGGAGUCUUGAAGUACACUUUCCUCUUCAGUGUCAGCUGCAUAGUUCUUCAUGUCGUCAUUGUUCUCUUUGGAGCUGCGGUCCAAGAGGUUGUCGAAGAGACUUUUAUAUUGGCUGUCCUACUGUCUACGUUGAGCACCCUGCCUUGUCUCUGUGUAUUAGGCACCAACGGUGAGGUAUGGAACCGCUUCACUGCACAGAGAAGACCUCACCCAGGACUAGAGACUUGCAUCCAGUAUGGAGCUGUGGCUAGCCUGCUUGGUGCUUGGAUGGGGGCUUUCACCAUACCCCUAGACUGGGACAGACCAUGGCAGGUGUGGCCCGUGCCAUGUGCCAUUGGGGCAUUGUUAGGCCACACAGCUGGCAUGACGGUCGGACUGAUUCAUCUGGUAUCCCUGUCAUCCAAGCAGUACAUCAAGGGAAAGAGCAAAAACUUCCGAGAUUGAGCUUGCUAGAAACUUAGCCUCUGCAAGCUAGACCUACUUAAGAUGAACUUAUCCUUGGGGACAGUGAGAUGACGACGCGCGCAACCGUUGCCAUGGUAGUGAGGAUCAUAAAGCAGCGUGCACAGUGACCCUCCAAAGUGCGAUUUUUGUUACCCCCUGGCGUUGUAGAUACAGUGAGGUCAACCUUAGGAAGCAACUGAAGAAUCGGAAAUGAGCAUUCAUGAAAUGCCACAUGGACACUCUGCUCCAGAAUGUACUCAUGGGGAAAAAAUCGAGGUCAUGUUUCAUGUCCCAGUUUUUGAGGUUGAGAUUUUGUAACUUUUCUUUUGUGAAGCCACUAGUGACUAAAACAAUUUUUAUGCAAUUUCCAAUCAGAAGAGACCAGCGAAAGUUAGAAAAAAAAUAUGCUACUGCCAAAAUACAGGGCAGGCACAGAUAGGCCGAGGCAAAGUAAAUGGUUUCCCCCAGAAGGAAUAUUUGGCCCUCCCCUCUCCCAAACAGGACAGGUUUUGUCCAGAUAUUGAUUGAAAACACUCCGAGGUACAAGACAUUUUUUCGUGUGCCAAUGUUUUUCUGGUAGUUAAUCUUUCAAUUUAAGCAAGACACAAACCGGGCUCCCCAGCAGGAAGUGGUUAACCAUGUCAAUAGCAAUGUGUAGAGCCAUUUUGUAUAAAUAUUUGAGACAAGUAUCUCAAUGUGCAGCUGGAAUCGAAUGAUGGAUUGAAGACUUCAAAAGCGCCACUUCCUUUUAAAUCAUGGUUCUUAGAGAUUUAAAUAAACCCAAAGUUCAGGCAAAAUG